AUGGUCCGAGACGACCGCCUGUACAAGCUGCUCGGCGUCAAGCCAGACGCCAGCGACAACGACCUCAAGAAGGCCUACCGGAAACUCGCCUUGAAGCUCCACCCGGACAAGAACCCCGACGCAGGUGACGAGUUCAAGGAGGUUUCGCAUGCUUAUGAGGUCCUGUCAGACCCCGAGAAGCGCCGAUUGUAUGAUCAGUUUGGCGAGGAGGGCUUGAACGGCGGCGGAGGAAUGGGCGGCAUGGACCCGCAGGACCUCUUCUCGCAGCUGUUCGGCGGCGGAGGCGGCUUCUUCGGCGGCGGCGGACGGGGACGACCUUCGGGCCCGCGCAAGGGCAAGGACCUCGUUCACCGCAUCAAGGUGUCGCUCGAGGACCUGUACAAGGGCAAGACGUCGAAGCUCGCGUUGCAGAAGCACGUCAUCUGCGCCAAGUGCAAGGGCAAAGGCGGCAAGGAGGGCGCGGUCAAGACGUGCCAGUCGUGCAAGGGCCAGGGAGUCAAGAUUGUCCUCCGCCAGCUCGGCCCGAUGGUCCAGCAGAUCCAGCAGCCGUGCAACGACUGCAACGGCGAGGGCGAGAUUAUCAACGCCAAGGACCGGUGCAAGGACUGCAACGGCAAGAAGGUCAUCAACGAGCGCAAGGUGCUCGAGGUGUUCAUCGACCGCGGCAUGAAGGACGGCCAGACGAUCACUUUCGCGGGCGAGGCGGACCAGGCGCCCGGUAUCGAGCCGGGAGACGUCAUCAUUGUGAUUGAGGAGAAGCCGCACGAGGUCUUCAAGCGCAAGGGUGACGACCUCUUUGCCGAAGUCGAGAUCGACCUCCUCACCGCCCUCGCCGGCGGCGCCUUCUCCCUUCCUCAUCUCGACGAGCGCGCGGUUCUCGUCCGCAUCCACCCGGGCGAGGUCAUCAAGCCCGGCUCGAUCAAGGUCAUCCCCGAGCAGGGCAUGCCGUCGUACCGCCACCACGAGAUGGGCGACCUCGUCGUUCAGAUCAACGUCAAGUUCCCCGACUCGCUCGACCCUGCCGCCCUCGCCCCGCUCGAGAACAUCCUCCCGCCCCGGCCCGACCUCCCGACGUACCCGCCCAACGUGCACGUCGACGAGGUGGAGAUGACGGACGCGUCCGAGAGGAGGACAAAGUCGGGUCUUGGCGGAGGCGGCGGGUUCGGUGACGACGCGAUGGACACGGACGAGGAGGGCGGCGCAGGACCUCAAGUCCAGUGCGCCAACUCGUAA